CGACCCCUCACUCAACCGCAUAUCAUCGGCCAUCGACAAUCCGAUACCGGGAACUGUGACUCUUCCAAACCAGACUAGGGAAACAUCAACCUUUCACCUUACUUAAAUCCUCAAGUUGCAAUCAUGGGCAGUAUUUCUCUGAGAGAACAUAUCCGGUGGCUCCCGGACGAGGCGAGUGAGCCGACAUCCACCGUUGUCGUCACGUCCCCGCAGCGUCGCUACGUGGAUCUGAGAAUCUUCCGACCGGAGGGCGAUCAGAAGGCCUGGAGUGGGCAAGAAGAGGCGCUUCCCGUGGACCGACUAGAAUGGGGCAUUGCGGGGACCUCGUCGUCGUGGAUGCGAGAUGACGGCAAGGGCGGCCAGAUCCGGCAUUCGCAGUGGGAGCAUUGGAUUGACUCGCAUACCACCGAGCCUGAGAAUGCAACUGAUGAGGGCGACAUGUUCCCGCAGCCAGACGGGACGACACUCGAGACUGGUAGCAUGGUCAACCCUGCGACAGGGAAGAAUACGGCGUAUGAGGAGGUCUGGCUGGACGUUGAGCCUAUCCCUACAUCCACGUCGGAAGUGAAGUCUAUUGUUCUGCACAUGGAGACUGAAACGGGCGGCCGGGGCUCUGUGGUCCGUCUGGGCCAGUACUGCCAGGGCUUCCUGCGUGAGGGCGACCUUAUGACGGCAGAGCGAUGGGAAUGGGAGGCGACGAAGGGAUGGAAGAGAACAAUCAGGAUGGGAGAGGCGGAACUGCCCUGUGAAAAGGUAUUGGAUGAUGGACUCGGAGCCAAGAAGGAUGAGGUGGUAGAGAUUGGAGGCAAUGCUUGGAAAGUUGUCGAAGUCUCAGGAGAGUAGUUAGUGACGUUAAAUCCGGAAUUAUCACAAACAAGCGUCUCGUGAUACGCCGAUAUGACUGGUUUAAUAUUUUGGGUUCCAAACCGAAAGGAAACGUAAAUCUGCGGACGGCAGAGACGGUUUCGCACGCCUAGAGGCAUGAGAGUGAGCGAAUUUCCAUGGAUUCGAAAUGAUGCAGGGACGAAAAUGUCCCUUAUAGUAACUUGGGGCUUGUGGACAGAGG